AUGGACACUUCUAGAAAAUACCAAUCGGUCAGCAACAACACGUCGACGGCAAAUUCAUCAGACUCUGACCUUUCGGUAAGCAACUCACCCGUUCCCAUAAAACCAUCAUCACUGGCGAACAGAAAACCUCCACCACCUCCUCCAUAUUCAGACGAUGAAGAAGACAAUUUUGAAAGCGUCAGUAGUACCACAGCCAGUACUCCCACAUCAACAACCCCACCAACAAGCACUCAACCAUCCAUCUACUUAUCAACAGCCUCAGUUUCAACAGCUUGUGCCUCUUCUGUGAACGAAUCUCAGGUCAAUGUCGCACUCGACUCAUCGAUUGUCAGAGAGAGGCAACAGAGAAAUGAUCUGUUGCAUCUCUUCGAAAUUGAAGACCGAGGCGAUUCACAACGAUUAACUUGUACAGUGGAAUAUGUCGAUGAUUACUUAUUGAGAAUAUCACAACAAGUUAGAAUACCAAGAUAUUCACACAAAAAACUUCCACCAAAACCUCCCAUGAAUGCCACUUCGUCACCAACAUCAAGCUCUCCUACUUCCUCCGUCGCUUCUCCUUACAAUGAAGACGACCAAUCCUCUAUUCCUUCUUCACAAAGCACGGAUGCACUAGAUCGAUUGGAAAAAGUUGAAGAACAAGCAGCAGACGACAAACCAACAAGACAUUCUCUCGUCGCCAGUCGAGCACUGUUGUUCCAAAAUACCGGACUUUCCAAAUUUGCAAAGCCAAGAGCUCCAUCAACUCUGGUAAGGCAACCACGGAAUACCGACACUAACACCUCGGUUAGAUCUAAUCGUAGUGACACAUCUUUUGUGACACACACAGCAAGAGUGACUCGAACCGAAUCAUUGUCACCUACCUCCACUCCUUCAAAUCUUCUUACUCCUCCUCCUGUUCCUCCAAAAUCAUUGAAGCCAAAAAGAGAUCUCUCACCAUCAACACCUGAAGAUUUCACACCUUCCUUACAAAUCUCGCAAAAGAUUCCAUCUCCCUUACUUCGUCAAGAAGAAUCAAAAAGAUUGAGCUUUCAUGCAACACCUACCCCUGAAUCAAAAGUUCAGCGCGAGAAAAUACCAAGAGAACGUGUUCUUGGACCUCACGUCAUUGAUUUUGUCACUCAAUUGACGUUUCCAAAUCAUUCUAAUUGUUACCUUGUUCAUUUAGCUGCAAAAUAUAAUCAUGUGGACAUAUUGCACUGGUUAUUGGAUUGUUGCUGUGAUGAAACAUGUCCAAAAAGUCCGUCCACGCCUUCAACAGAUGCCUUGGAAAUACCACAUUCAAAGAAGUGUAUUUCGAGGCAAAAGAAGCUAUGGAGCCUCCAAGAUAAGCAAGGAAUGACACCACUCUAUUACUCAGUUGCUGGAAACGAUAUUGGGCAAAAAACACAAGAUGCUUGCGUAUUUUUAUGCAGUCAAUCAAUAGUUCAAGAGAAACAACUUAAUUUCUUAAUUGACCCAUACGGUAAUUUACCAAUUGUUCUUGCUUUGAAACGGAAGGACUUGGAAUUGGCCGAUAUGUUACAAUUAUUUGGUGCGAAAUUGGAUAUUACGGUAGGCAUUGGUGUGCUGGGAGAAAGUUUGCUACACAGUGCCUUUCGAGAUUGUGACGUUCCAGUCAGUGAAUAUAUCAUCAAAGCAAUGCCAAGAUUAAUAUUCAAAAAGAAUCAAAGAGAGGAGCAUGCGUUGUUUGCCUGUCUCAGAGAUUACAGAUCCAUUAAUACUCACUCUUCAAACUCAUCAUCAAAUCUUCUUGAACUAACUGAAAGAAAAACAUACUCGGAGAGAAGACAAAGUAGUCUUGUUUUUACCAAUACCUCUACCAGUCUUAACAACAACAACAAGUACUUUUUAUUCUUAAAACACAUUCUUGUGAAUGGUAACCAAUUAUUUGGAGUUGAAAUAUUCGAGAAAGCACUCUUAAUGAAGAAUGCUUUUGGAAACAACAUACUCAUGCAAGCUGUUGCAUUUAAUGAUGUGGAUUCAUUCAAGACUAUCUGCCGAUAUUUAUUUGAGUAUUCCAUGAAGCAGGUGGAAAAGCACAAGUUGUUGACAAGUAUGGCACUUGACAGGGAUCGAGAUGGAAGAACCAUUCUUCAUUUAAGUAUUGAUUUUGCUAUCAAAAUGCUUUCUAAAAAACCUGAAGACUUUUUAGCCUGGUUCAAUGGAUUUGAGUGGUUGUUUGUUUGGCUUGAACAAAAUUUCCUCUGUCUGACAAAUAAUGUUCAAUUUACCAAGUCACAAUCUCUUCAUUCUUUCCUCAUGCAAAAAGAUAAUAGUGGUAAAACGGUAUUUGACAUGGUGGCCAUGCAAGAUAUCAAGAAAACAGAAUGGAAAAGCAUCAAAGAAAGUCUUCAAACUGCAGCUGACAAGUGGAUACAGAACAAACCAGUUUCAGGUACUGGAUCAGCUCUUGAGGCUUCCGAAGCAAGUGAAAAACAAUCCUUAGUAUCUUUGUUCAAAAACAAGAUGAAGAAAUCAAACAAGUAG